CCAGUCUCAUUGGCAUUGAUACCAUACACCAUCAAACCCUAUCGGGUCAAGAGAUUGAUCAAAUGAACGACCAUCAACUGGAUAAAGUUUGUAAUAAUGUUAGCGUAUUUUAUCGUGUGACACCGCGUCACAAGUUGGCCAUUGUCAAGUCAUUGCAACGUACCGGAAAUAUUGUUGGCAUGACCGGUGAUGGUGUGAAUGAUGGUGUGGCUCUGAAGAAGGCAGAUAUUGGCAUUGCCAUGGGCAAAAAUGGCACGGAUGUGUGUAAGGAGGCGGCGGAUAUGAUCCUGGUUAAUGAUGAUUUUCAUACAAUAAUAGCUGCAAUUGAGGAGGGCAAGGCGAUUUUCUACAACAUUCGCAACUUUGUGCGUUUCCAGUUGAGCACCAGCAUUGCAGCCCUUUCGCUGAUUGCCCUGGCCACAUUGAUGGGUAUUGCCAACCCCUUGAAUGCCAUGCAAAUUUUAUGGAUCAACAUUAUUAUGGAUGGUCCACCGGCCCAAAGUUUAGGUGUGGAACCGGUCGAUCAUGAUGUCCUGAAGCAAAAGCCACGUAAUGUCAAGCAACCCAUGAUUACCAAAUCGGUUAUUGUUAAUGUUCUGCUAAGUGCCAGCAUUAUCAUCCUGGGUACCCUUUGGGUGUUUCAACGGGAAAUGGUAGACGGUUCGCUGGGCAAAACGAAACGUGACACCACCAUGACAUUCACCUGUUUCGUAUUUUUCGACAUGUUCAACGCCCUCUCGUGUCGUUCACAGACGAAGAGUGUUUUCACCAUUGGCCUAACCUCGAAUCGUAUGUUCCUAAUGGCUGUGGCCUUUUCCAUAAUCGGUCAAAUGUUGGUCAUCUAUUUCCCACCACUGCAAAUGGUAUUCCAAACGGAGGCCCUCUCCGCCUAUGAUAUACUGUUUCUCCUCUCGCUCACCUCAUCGGUGUUGAUUGUGCAGGAGAUCAAAAAAUGGUUCGAACGCACCAUGGAACGUAAAAUGUACAAGACCCGUUCCGAAUUGGAUUUUGUAUGACAAAACGAAAGCGCUGGAAGAUUGUUGACCAAAAAAUCGAAUUGAA